AUGGGAUAUCAGGCUUUCCACCAGAGGACUUUGUCGGCAUCUUCAACAUCCACAGCUAAGGUCACUUGCUUUGUCUCUGCUGUCAUCUUGCCUGUAUUUGGGAUUCCUUCUAUACUGCUUGGGGCAGUCGCUGCAUCCACAGACUGGAACCUGACUUCCUAUGGUUCUCCAUCUCCAUAUGAACGAGGGGAAUCAGCUCUAGUUCUGCCCCUGACCCUGCAGCACCUCACCCCGUCCUUCAUCUCCAUCAUCGGUAUUGGAUGUGUGGCUGCUGCCGUGAUGUCAUCGGCUGACUCUGCUUUGCUUUCUGCAGCUUCUGUCUUCACCUCCAACAUACACAAGAACAUCCUGAGGCCUCAGGCAUCAGACAGAGAGACUCAGUGGGUGAUCCGUGCUUCUGUCUUGGUAGUGGGCUUAGUUGGUACAUCACUGACCCACCUGGACAACAGCAUCUUAUUGUUCUGGUUCAUUGGUGGUGAAGUGGCCUAUGUCAUAGUCUUCCCUCAACUCGUCUGCGUCCUCUUCUUCAACAUCUCCAAUGGUUACGGGGCUGUUAUGGGUUUCCUGGUGGGAACUGUGUUAAGACUUCUCAGUGGAGACCCAUCACUAGGGUUAACACCAGUCAUUCACUUCCCAGGAUGCACUCUUGAGGACGGUGUUUAUGUCCAGUACUCUCCAGUUAAGACCAUCUCCAUGCUGUCUGCCGUUGCUGCCAUCUUGUAUUUCUCCUACCUUGCUUCUGUGCUCUUCAAAAAAGGCCUGCUUCCUGAGAAGUGGGAUGUGUUCAAAGUGAAAGUCCAGCACUCACCACAACCACUGACUCCAACAGAUGGCGACACAGAACAGAAAGAGAAUGAGAAUUUAAAUAGAAACAACUGCCAGACUGAGACAUUGGAGCCAAUGAUUAGCACAAACUGUUAG